AUGCUCUGUCCUUGUGACAGAUCCUUGCCUGACGUCAUCAAGCUGCUCCUUCUUCUGCUCCCUGGUACAGAAACGUGGAGUCGCACAACGUGCGGAUCGACUGAAUUAUUUUUGUUACGUACAAUUAGAACAGUCCUUUCGUCCAUCCAGGAUGGAGUACAUUCAAGCUCCAACCACGAGCAGCCAGGGAAACAUCCUGUGCUGUACCUGUGGUGUCCCCAUCCCCCCCAACCCUGCCAACAUGUGUGUGUCCUGCCUCAGGACCCAGGUGGACAUCUCAGAGGGCAUCCCCAAACAAGUCUCUGUUCACUUCUGCAAGCAGUGUGAGAGGUACCUGCAGCCACCAGCCUCCUGGAUAUCCUGCGCUCUGGAGUCCAGGGAACUGCUGAGCCUCUGUCUGAAGAAGCUCAAGGGCUCCAUGACCAGAGUGCGUCUGAUCGACGCUGGCUUCCUGUGGACGGAGCCCCACUCCAAAAGGAUCAAGCUGAAGGUGACCAUCCAAAAAGAGGUGAUGAACGGAGCCAUCCUGCAGCAGGUGUUUGUGGUGGAGUUUGUCAUACAGUCUCAGAUGUGUGACGACUGUCAUCGCAUAGAAGCCAAGGACUUCUGGAAUUCCGUGGUGCAAGUCCGACAAAAGACGAGUCACAAGAAGACCUUUUACUACCUGGAGCAGCUGAUCCUCAAGCACAAGCUGCACCAGAAUGCCCUGAACAUCAAGGAGACCCACGAUGGGAUAGACUUCUAUUAUGGCACCAAGCAGCAUGCUCAGAAGAUGGUUGACUUCCUCCAGUGUACAGUACCCUGCAGGUCAAAAACUUCCCAGCGUCUCAUCUCCCAUGACAUCCACUCCAACACCUACAACUACAAAAGCACCUUCUCCAUGGAGAUCGUUCCUGUCUGCAAGGACAACGUGGUGUGUCUUUCUCCUCGUCUGGCGCAGAGUCUGGGCAACAUGGGGCAGGUGUGUGUGUGUGUACGUGUCACGAGCUCCAUCCACCUCAUCGAUCCCAACACCCUGCAGAUUGCUGAGGUGGAUGGCAGCACCUAUUGGCGCUACCCCUUCAACAGCCUCUGUAACCGACGGCAACUGGAGGAGUUCAUUGUCAUGGAUAUCGACAUCAUCAGGAACCAGAAGCUCGGAGCCGGGGCUGGACUGAGGUCAAACAAGCACUCUCUGGCAGAGGUGUGGGUUCAGAAGACCUCAGAGAUGAACACCAGUCAGCAGUACCACUGUCGCACCUUCCUGGGACACCUGCUGAACAUCGGAGAUCUGGUGCUGGGCUUUGACUUCGCCAACUCCAAUGUCAACGAUGAGUUUAUGAACAAGAUGAACCCUCACCAUGUGCCUGACGUGGUGCUGAUUAAGAAGAGCUACGACCGCAGCAGGAGAGCCCGGCGCAGGAACUGGAAGCUGCAGGAGAUGGCAAGGGACCGCGAGGCGGGCGACAGCGACGAGGAGCGACAGUACCAGGACUUCCUGGAGGACCUGGAGGAUGACGAGACACUCAGGAAGAACGUCAACAUCUUCAGAGACCCGUCCAAGAUCGCCGUGGAGAGCGACACAGAUGACGAAGGUGCUCCGAGAAUCUCAUUGGCCGAGAUGCUGGAAGAGCUCAGCCUAUCAGACGCCACCGGUGGAGACGGGGCGGAUAUGAUGACUGACUAGCCAAUCAGGAUCCCUCUUACACCACCAGACAGACUCAGUAGUUUAUCAGCCUUGCUGCCGUCUGUCUCGGACUGAGAGAAAAUAAAUGAUUGGCUGAAAUACUCACGAGGGUGUGGAAUAAAGAGAUGAGUUGUACUGAUGUUAUAUUUA